UCCCGGGCCGCCGGCGGGGCAAACGCGGUUCGGAGAGGCAGGCCGCUCUGUGGCCAGUCCCCCUGCAGCAGCACGGCCUGCUCGCCACCGCCCCGGGAGCGCCGCGGGUUCCCGAGGCCGGGCGCGGAGGGCGCGCGGGCACGGCGGCAGGGGCGUGCUCGGAGGACGCGCGCUGGACUACUCCUCCAAAGGGCAGCUCCGGGGGAAAGAGGGUGGCGUCCCGGGGAAGCCCGCAGCCGCCGCCGAUGUCGCUGGGACUCGGAAGUGCCGAAAGAGGGGUGUUGGGAACUCGCGGCUCGCGUGAACGUUGCCGUCGCCGCCGCCCGGGACAGCCCGGAGAACGUGAAGAGGAGCUGGACCAGGAAUUUGAGCUGGAGACUGACACUUUAUUUGGAGAAUUAAAGAAGGAUGCGACCGACUUUGAGUGGAGCUUCUGGAUGGAAUGGGGGAAGCAGUGGCUGGUGUGGCUUCUCCUUGGCCACAUGGUAGUGUCUCAAAUGGCUACACUGCUGGCAAGAAAGCACAGACCCUGGAUUCUCAUGCUCUAUGGGAUGUGGGCCUGCUGGUGUGUGCUGGGGACUCCUGGUGUGGCCAUGGUUUUGCUCCAUACCACCAUCUCUUUCUGCGUGGCCCAGUUCCGGUCUCAGCUCCUGUCGUGGCUCUGUUCUCUCCUCCUGCUCUCCGCACUGAGGCUGCAGGGUGUGGAGGAAAUUAAGAGAAGGUGGUACAAGACAGAAAACGAGUACUACCUGCUGCAGUUCACCCUGACCGUUCGCUGCCUCUACUACACCAGCUUCAGCCUGGAGCUCUGCUGGCAGCAGCUGCCUGCUGCAUCGACCUCCUACUCCUUUUUCUGGAUGCUGGCCUAUGUCUUUUAUUAUCCAGUCUUCCACAAUGGGCCCAUCCUCAGCUUCCCGGAGUUCAUCAAACAGAUGCAGCAGCAGGAGCAUGAAUCCCUGAAGGCCAACCUGUGUGUCCUGGCCCUGGGGCUAGGCCGCCUUCUUUGCUGGUGGUGGCUGGCCGAGCUGAUGGCUCACCUGAUGUAUGUGCAUGCCAUCUACAGCAGCAUCCCCCUCCUGGAGGCUGUCUCUGGUUGGACGUUAGGAGGACUGGCGUUAGCCCAGGUGCUUUUUUUCUACGUGAAGUACUUGGUGCUCUUUGGCGUGCCGGCUCUGCUCAUGCGCCUGGAUGGACUCACUCCGCCCGCCCUCCCUCGCUGCGUGAGCACCAUGUUCAGUUUCACCGGGAUGUGGAGGUAUGUGUACAUUCCAGUGGGCGGGUCCCAGCAUGGCCUGCUGGGGACACUGUUUUCCACGGCGAUGACAUUUGCAUUUGUGAGCUACUGGCAUGGCGGCUACGACUACCUCUGGUGCUGGGCAGCGCUCAACUGGCUGGGAGUCACCGUGGAGAAUGGAGUCCGGAGGCUGGUGGAGACUCCCUGCAUCCAGGACAGUCUGACCCGAUACUUCUCCCCACAAGCUCGCCAUCGAUUCCACGCUGCCCUUGCGUCUUGUUCCACAUCGAUGCUGAUCCUGUCCAACCUGGUGUUUCUGGGGGGCAAUGAGGUUGGGAAAACCUACUGGAAUAGGAUCUUCAUACAAGGAUGGCCAUGGGUGACCCUCUCUGUCCUGGGAUUCCUGUACUGCUACUCCCACGUGGGCAUUGCCUGGGCCCAGACCUACGCCAUGGACUAAUGCUGUUGGGUCCAGGCCAGUCCUUGCUGCUGGCCUCCAAGGCAAACAGUGCUUCACCCUGACCUCUCACUCCAGGACAGCCUCCAAGGGAUUUGAUCUGUUCAUCUUCGGUUGAAUGUUCUGACUCCAAGACUGGAUGCUGGAUCUCACAGAAAAUUCACAGCCAGCCAAUCUUCUAACCUGGAGUCUUUGAAAUCUUCUACCCCAACCCAUCAUUUUCCUAUUGAGGAAGCUGGGGGCCAGGGCAGUUUUGUGUCUUGCCCAACUACGCAAGGUGACAUUUUGGUCUAGAACCUACUUUCAUGAGCCCUUUGCAUUCUUUCCCCUUAAGCAAGAAUAGAAUGUAGUGGACAUUUAUUGAUUGAGACACAGAAAUCCUGAUUAGUGAUAGGCCUGUCUUCUGGGCAGUAUUUCUCAAAUAUUUGAGUGACAUUGAUGUUUAAGUGACCUCCUUUAUCACAUCCUGCAGUGUCUCUAGAAGCAGCACUAGGGUUUGAGCUUCACACUUCAGCCCCUCUGUAGGCAGGAGAGCAAGCCACAGCUGUCUUUUGAAUUACCUAGUCCAAGAAGAUAGUAGCAGCCCUGUAGUGUUCUAAGGCAUCCAUACCCAAGGAGUCCUGUGAUUUGAGCUUCAGCAGGGUGAUCUACAUUUGGGUGCUUGUUUCUGAGAUUUGCAGAGAAGUGUAACAUGGUAGUUCCUCUACCUUACAGUUAAUAGUUUCUUAAUAAAGAAGCAGCAUUUAGAAACCACAGGGUAGUGUAUCCACAGAUGGGGUGCUAUCAGGCUAGUCAUGAGGAUGGUGUCCUGGAAUCUUGUCCACCCUCUCCACACGUCUCAAAAGUCAUCCUCCUACUCAGUGAUUCACGUUUAGUGGUUUAUAUUGUUAUGGUUUGAUUCAAAUGGAGCCUUUUCUGUCAUGUAGAUAAUCUACAUGUUUGUAGAAUUAUUUUUAAUAUGUUUGAGGAAAAUGUUUAAAAUCUAAAUAUAUUCACAUAACUUGAUUAUUUACCCCUCUAAAAAGAUGCUGGAUAGGCUACCAAAGGUCCCAAGUGGGUAGAUAAUUCAGAAUACUUCUGUGUGAAUUGGGAUUUUUUUUUUUUUUUUGGAGUGGGGAGGGGUAAAGGAGCCUUAAAAUUUGAAUCCAUAAUAUAUCUAAUUACAGGAGAAUUUACAACAUCUCAAGUAGGUGAAUUAAGUUGUCAUUGAGUGAAAGGCUCACUUGGACCUAGUGCUGCCUCCUGUUUAUUACAUAGCAUGGCCCUUAUGUCUUGAGUUGAGGUUAUCGACUCAAUGAGGCUUAAACUCCUAGAGUACAGGACCAUUUUGUUGACUGUCUUUCUUCAUAGCUUCUCUGCUUGGCAAAGAGAUGGGAGGGGAGCCAGAUACUGACUACCCUGGGUGGGCACAUUAUGUGUUAACUAAAGCAAAAGACAGAGGCCAGAGAGGGGCAGGUAGACCUGCAUAGCAGCAGCCUCAGUAGCUGUCUUGGUAAAGGAGAGAGAGAGAGACAUGCGGCCAGUGAUUCCAGGGUGCUCAGAAGUUUCAGGAGGGAAUGAGCCUCAGGGAGGAGUGGGCACCUACAUGAAUGCAGUAAGCCUUCAUGGACUAACACUCAUUCAGGAUUUGUGGCCAGCCAGAGGGAGUUCCGCUGAAGUUUACUCGGAAAGAAAGGGCUUGCUAAGAAAAAAAGAAGUAUAAAAAUGAUGAUAUGGAAGUAUCUAAUGUAUGUGUGCCUGUAAGUUAAUACAAAAGUUUUGAGCUCUUCCAAGUAUACCAUUUAUAGAAAAACAAAUAGGCUUAUUCAUUCAUUAAACUAUUUUGGAAGAGUCAGUGGAUAUAUUUGAAAGUGGUAAUCCUGAAUUUCUUUUAAACUAUUAUAUGAUUCAUAGUGGUUCUCAGGAAUUAAUAAAUAAUUACUGUGUUUAGCUCUGUAUUUGAGGCUGAUUAAUUAAUAUGUGGAUUAUCCAGGACCAUUGUUUUGCUUAACCUCUUCCUACUCCCCAGCUGUAAUAUGAAAAUGAUAAUGCUUCUUUCCUCAUGCAUAUUAACUAAAAUCUUGUAGUUACUCUGAAUAGUGGUGCCUGGGCACACAGAGGAGUUCAGUCAAGGACACUGGACAUGUCAUCAGCCCUGGGCAACUUCAGGCACAGUGUUGGGAAAAGACUAGACAAGGUCCCAAGGUCAGUUCCAGACCCUGGAUCCUCUGAUACCAGCCUCACUCUGCGGGCAAGACCAAGAGCUCCAAGCACAAUCGCCAAGAUGCUACCCAAGGAGGGAAGCAAGAUACCUGAAGGACACCCAAACCUUAGUCAUUCUAAUUCUUGGGACCACACAAGAAGACUGAAAGGUUAUUUUUUCAAAUUAAUUUGUUUGAAGUGUCAGGAGAAAACAUUUUGUUCCAUUAAAGAUAGCAGGCCUCAAGAAAAAAUAAAUCAAUGACACAAAUAA